UAGAAAUGGUUAUCAUUUGAUGUCCUGUGGCUACUGCAUACUUGUCGAGAAGUUGUCUUGUGGCUACUUUACCCGUACAUACUUUAGAGCGUAACGUUUAUCACGUUCGUAUAAGCCGCUAUAAUUUCCUCCACCAAGAAAUGUUUGUUUCUGAAAUCAGAAUAUAUCGUUAGCAAGAAAAUUGAAUACGUUGCAACGUUGUAAUAUAAUAUUUUAUUUUGUUAAAAAUUACUCCGUAAAAUACUUAAUGUGGAUCAACACUCAAUUUAUAUAUAUAAAACAAUUAAUCAAUUACAUUAAUUCUUUAUACUAUCUCGAAGAUAACUGAAUUAUGUCUGUAGUUCUUGAAACUACAAUUGGAGAUUUGACAAUAGAUUUAUUUACAGAAGAAAGACCCCACUCAUGCAAAAACUUCUUAAAACUAUGCAAAAUAAAGUAUUACAAUUUUUGUUUGUUUCACCACAUUCAGGCAAAUUUUGUUGCCCAAACAGGUGAUCCAACAGGCAGUGGAAAUGGUGGAGAAUCUAUUUAUGGUAUUAUUUCUGGAAAAGAUGCAAGAUAUUAUGAAGGUGAAAAAAAACCUAAAAUUAAGCAUGAUAGACCUGGACUUGUUUCAAUGGUACAUUGUGGAAAUAACUUAGUUGGGUCACAGUUUUUCAUUACCUUAGGUGAAGAUACAACAUGUUCUUUAGAUGAACACUUUGUGUUUGGUGAAGUUACUGAAGGCCAUGAUAUAUUGUUAAAGUUAAAUGAAACAAUCUGCGAUGUUAGUCAUCGACCCUAUCAAGACAUAAGAAUAACACAUACAGUAAUUUUAGAAGAUCCAUACAGUGAUCCACAUGAUUUGAUCAUUCCUAUAUCUUCUCCUAAACCACCUUUAGAAGUACUUCAAAGUGAUAGAAUAGGAGCUGAUGAAGAUAUAACAGAAAGUGUAGAUGAAGCAGAAUUACAAGAAAAAAGAGAGGAAAAAGAAGCUCAAGCUCGUGCUACUAUACUUGAAAUAGUUGGGGAUCUACCUUCUGCUGAUAUAGCUCCUCCUGAAAAUGUAUUAUUUGUUUGUAAAUUAAAUCCUGUGACUAGUGAUGAUGAUUUGCAAAUUAUAUUUAGUAGAUUUGGUAAAAUUGUAAGCUGUGAAGUAAUUAGAGAUAAAAAAUCAGGGAAUUCUUUACAAUAUGCUUUUGUUGAAUUUGAUAAUCAAAAAUCAUGUGAAGAUGCUUACUUAAAAAUGGAUAAUGUCCUAAUAGAUGACAGACGUAUUCACGUUGAUUUCAGUCAGAGUGUUUCCAAAAUAAAGUGGUUUGGUAAAGGUCGUAUUAAAUACAUGGAUAAAGAUGAUGAAGGAAAAAAUAUUAGUGAAAAGUAUUCAAAAAGCAAAAAAAAUGGCAAAGAUAAUAGCAGUAAAUAUGUUAGUAACCGAGAAAAAAAAUUUGAUCGCCUAACAGAGCGACCCCAUAAAGAUCAAAGAUAUAAACAAAUGGAAAGUAAUAAAAAUAAAAGAGCUUUAAGACAUGAUAGUCAUCAAAAUUCUGAGAGAAAAUAUUAUAAAGAAGAUGAAAUAAAGAGUAAGUAUAAUGAUGAAAAAGUUAGAAAAAGUGAUAGAGAUGAAAUAUAUAAAAAAAGUGAUAGAAAAAAUGGGGAAGAUAAGGAAAGAAGAAGUGGUGAAGAUAAAAAUAAAAGAAGUGGUGAAGAUAAAAAUAGAAGAAGUGGUGAAGAUAAAGAUAGAAGAAGUGGUGAAGAUAAGAAUAGAAGGUGUGGGGAAGAUAAAGAUAGAAGGUAUGGAGAAGAUAAAGAUAGAAGGUAUGGGGAUAAUAAGGAUAGAAAAAGUAUCAAAGAAGAAAAAGAUAGAAGAAACAAUAAAGAAAAAUGGAAUGAAAGAGAUGAAAAAGACUCGAGAAGUAAAAAUGAAAGAGACACAAAAAGUAAAAAUGAAAAGGAAACUAACAGUAAAAAUGACAGAGACACAAAAUAUAGAAGUGAAAAGUAUGAUACCAAAGAUCAGCAUAAUAAAAAUUAUGAUAAAAGUAAAAUAAGUUAUAUAUCUCAAAGUAACGAUAAAUAUUCUAAAUCUGUUGAAAAUUUGAAACACAAGUCAUUAGAAACUGAAAAUGGAUUGAAUAGACAAAAAAUUAAGAAAGAAGAAACUACCAUAUCAAGCAAAAUUGGUCAAAAAAUUUCAGACAACGAAAUGUCCAAAAAAAAUAUAGCAAAAUCAGAUGAAAAGAAAUUAUCUAAAAAUGUUCUUAAAAAAAAGAAGAAACGUUCUUGUAGCUCAAGUACAGCCUCUUCUUCCUCAUCCUCUAGCUCAGAAUCAUCUAGCUCGUCCUCUAGUAGUUCUAGCUCUACAUCAUCUUCUAGUUCUAGUUGUGGUACAAAAGUGGUGAAAUAUUAUGAUAAAAAAGGUAAUUUAAUUAAAGUAGUAAAAAAUCGAGAUUCUAGUUCAAACUCUGAUCACAAAAAGCGCCAUAAAAAAAAGAUUGUCAAAGUAUAUAAAAAUGUUAAAAGGAAAAAGAGAAGUUCAUCCAAUUCAACAAAUUCAUCAAAUAGUGAUAGUGAAGAAGAUAAAAAAAAAAGAAAAAAACAAGGUUCUAAGAGAAACAAAAAAUUAAAAAUUUGAAAUUUCUUUGUAGGCAAAAAAAAUUUUUAAUAUUUUAUAUGAUAUAUUUGUAUGUAAUUUUAUGAACUUCACUAAUUUUAGUUAAAACUUUAUUAAGAAUAAUGAUUUGUUUAGUUUUGUUUUUGUAUUAUUGAUGAGUAAUUGUAAAUAUUAUUUUAAAUGAGUUCAUUUAAGGUGUACAAAAAUUAUGCAACAAAUAGUUAAUACAAAUUAAGUUUUUGUAAAAAAAGUUUUAUUUACAUAUA